GCCGCGAUAAGUCCAUUUCCUUCUCCUCCCCGGUUUGGUCUAACCCACACCCUGAGAGAUCUCUGCUUCGGUCCUGCAUCUCCCGGUCAACGGCUGGCUGCCCCUGCAAGCCGCCCCUCCCCAGCUGCGCUGACACAUGGAUGCACAGGGCCUGGCCAAGAAGUGGUGUCCCUGGCGCCAUUUUCUCCUCUGGAUGCUGCUGCAGCUGCUUUUCACUCUGUGCUUUUUCUCUUACCUGCGUUGGUCCAGAGAAGACCCGGUGUGGUCCCCCAUCUCCAGGGCCCACACAGCAGAAUCUCUCACCACAGCUCCCGAUGGGUCACCAGGGCCAGUGUCCUCCCAAGGGGCACCUUGCUGGGCCACGAACGGGUCCUCGGGCCGCCCACCGCUGCUGCUUUUGCUGUGGACGUGGCCAUUCCAUAGCCCCGUGACUCUGUCCCGCUGCUCGGACCUCCGGCCGGGCACAGCCGACUGCCAGCUGACGGCCGACCGCCGUGUGUACCAUAAGGCAGAUGCAGUCCUCAUGCACCACCGAGAGAUCGGCUACAGACCAAAGGAGCAGCUCCCGACUUCCCCGCGGCCACCGGGCCAGCGCUGGGUCUGGUACAGCAUGGAAUCGCCCAGCCACUGUCCACAGCUGAAAGCCCUGGAUGGUUACUUCAAUCUCACCAUGUCCUACCGCAGAGACUCGGACAUCUUCACGCCCUACGGCUGGCUGGAGCCAUGGCCGGACCAGCCAGCUGCCCUGCUGGUCAAUCUCUCCGCCAAGGCUGAGUUGGUGGCCUGGGUGGUGUCCAACUGGAGGGAGGACUCGGCCAGGGUGCGUUACUACCGCACCUUGCAAGCUCACCUCAAAGUGGACGUGUACGGGCAAAACCACAAGGCCCUGCCACGGGACGUCAUGAUCCAGCAGCUGUCCCAGUACAAGUUUUACCUAGCGUUCGAGAACUCCCUGCAUCCUGACUACAUCACGGAGAAGCUGUGGAGGAACGCCCUGGACGCCUGGGCCGUGCCCGUGGUGCUGGGUCCCAGCAGGAGGAACUACGAGCAGUUCCUGCCCCCUGACGCCUUCAUCCAUGUCAGUGACUUCCAGAGCCCCAAGGAGCUGGCCCAGUAUCUGCUGGCGCUGGACAAGGACCACGCCCGCUACCUUAGCUACUUCCGCUGGCGGGAGUCCUGGAGGCCUCAAACCUUCAGCUGGGCCCUGAUGUACUGCAAAGCCUGCUGGCGACUGCAACAGGAGUCCACCUACCAGACGGUGCCCAGCAUCGCCUCCUGGUUCACAUGAGCCGGCCAGCCUGGGCCGCGGGCUGCUCCAGACGCACCUGCCGGGGCCUCUCCGCCAGCCAGGGCCCUUGCUUACUGGGGAGCUCGCUGAGCUGGGACUUCACCAGCCCGGCUCCUCUGCGCCCAGGAGAUCAGCUCUAGGGUCCUCACAUCCCAGGGGACUCAUUUCCAGAGGGCCUCACCUGCCAGGGACCUUGGUUGUUGGGGACCUCACCUGCCCGGGGACUCACCGGUGGGGGAGGGACGUCCUCACCUGCUGGGAAUCUCACCUGCUAGGAACGUGGUUGCUGGAGAUCUCAUUUACCUGGGACUUUGCCUACCGGCACUAUGCUGCCAGGAGAUCGGCUCUAGGGACCUUACCUCCCCGGGCCCUCACCUCCUGGUGGACCUCACCUGCUGGGGACCUCGGCUCUUGGGGACCUCACCUACUGGGAUCUGAAACCAGACACCGACCCCACUGGGACCCACUUGCAAGGAGCCCCACCGGCUGGGGUCUCACCUGCUGCACCCCUCACCCACCAAGACACUCACCCCGGGGAACUGACCUCGGGGUCCCGCUCAUGGGUCUGCUCGAUGUGCUUGUGGUUAUCGUUGCUGUGGCUCACUGCUGGUGGGGUACGCACGGGCAAUACUAGAACCAUUCUCCAGAUGGGAAUGCUCCAAGGAAAA